AGAAAUCACCCACAAACUUAAACCUCAUCAUCACCAACAUGGCCGUUAGCAAUAUUGUCUGCGAGUGGCUAAGAGCUUUGGGCCUGGCCCAAUAUGCCGAGAGCUUCCUGGACAACGGGUACGACGACCUGGAGAUCUGCAAACAGGUCGGUGAUCCCGAUCUGGACGCCAUCGGCGUUGAGAAUCCUGCCCAUCGACACAAGCUGCUCAAGAGCAUCCGAUCGCUGAGGGAAAAGGGCGCCGCAUCCGUCUACUUUAUGCUCAACGAUCCAAACUCGCUCUCGGGCAGCAUGGAGAUCCUCUGCGAAACACCGCCCAGCAAUGAACUGGAGCUCGUCCUGCGGGAGCAACUGGAAACGGACGGAGUCCGGCUCACGGCGCAUCCAUACUCAACACCGGAUGGACAACGCGGCCAUUUAGAGGGCCUGGCAUCCGUCUAUUGCGAGCUGCUAAUGGCUCCCUUUGGGGACAUUUUGGCGGCUCUCGAGCAGGCGCGCCAGGCGGCCUGGGCGGAGCGGAGUCCGCUGCACAGUACCGCCCAGUUAGUGGGCGGCGUGGGAGGAGGCGGCGGUGGGGCUGGCGGCAGCACGGGCAGCGGCAGCGGCGGUGCGGCCAGCGGUGGCAGCGGCGGGAGCAGCGGCGUUCUGCACCACCGCCAGCAGCACGGCCAUCGCGGCCACUCGAUGCACGGCGCCGGUCUGCCCAAUAGUCAUAGCCAGCCCAUUUAUGUGCCCGGAAAGUACUCGCCCUCGAGUUGCUUGUCGGACAAGGAGGAGGAUGAGAUCUACGGAUUUGGCUAUGGCGUCUUUGCACCCCGAGUGGCAAGAGGCGGGCUAACGCAACAGCAGCAGCUGCUGCAACAGCAGACGCUGCAGACGCAGCAGAGCAUACAGCAGCAGCAGCAGCAGAUGCAACAGCAGCACCAGCAGCAGCAACAGUUACCAAUUGUGCCAGGCCAACAGCAGCAGGCGGGAAAUGGGCCGCAUCAGCAUCAGACUCUGCCGCCGAAUGUCGCCCAUUUGAACUUUGUGCAGCAAAACUGCCUGAGUCCGCGCUCUGCUUAUUUUUAUGAAUUUCCACCGACAGCUGAGGGUCGCGAGACAAAGAAACGCACCACACUGGCCCGAUUGCUGAAAGGCUUGAAGACUGUCAAUCGACGGGAUCGGAACAAUCAACAAAAUGGCGCCCAGGCCAGGGCGGCCAACGAUCGUCUGAGGCACUUUCAAAUGAUAAACGGCGGCGCCGGCGGACAGCAGCACAGUUUCGAGGAGACAAUCCACAGGUUGAAAGUACAAGAGGCCAUGCGGAAAAAGGAAAAAUUUCAACGUGAACACGAGGAGAUCCUGCGUGACAUUCGACAGGGACUGUUGCAAAUGAGUCGCGGCGAAGGACGCAUGGACGAUACGUACAUGUACGACGAGGCGUUGAGGACGGGCGGCGGUCUGGGAAUCGCCGGACUGGGCAUGCCCCUCGGACUGGCCGGCAACGGAGGAAACGGAGGAGCGGCCCAUUAUGCGGUGAGUGCGCUGCAUCAUCAAGGUCAUUGGUACGACGAGCCGCCCUACGAGAGCGAUCCCGAUGACUUUCUCAUGGCCGGGCUCAACUGCGGACCAGCUGCCACUAUUCAGGGUGGCCGUGUGCGCUUCUCGAACAACCGCGAGAGCACGGGCGUAAUUUCAUUAAGAUCCGCCGGAGAUAUUUCAUUGCCGCAACGUGGACCGCCGCGCAGAGGUCUUAUCGUGCCGCAGCAGCCGCCAAAUCCACCGACAAUAAUACCCUUGACGCACGCCAGAUCUCAUGAUCGCGAAAGCGGCGACUACGCGGGCUCCAUCUCAGACCUUCAAAGCGUUACCUCCAGACUCAGUGCGGUGUCGAUUGGCACCAACAACUGCACGGCGCGGUACAGAACCCUAAGCGGCGGAAUUGGGGAAUCGCCAUCGCUGUCGCCCAGUCCUUCGUCGGAUUACGAGGACAUCGGAGUGACCAGGGGCCACGGAUGCCUGCCGCCCAGCCUGCUGGCCGCGAAGGCCAAAAAGAACGGACUGCCGCACGGCAAGGCGAACACCAUUUGCCAAAAGGCCACGGUGCAUCAUUCGGGCGAGAUGCGUAGCUCGGCAAAGGAAAUUGGCGCAUUUAAUGAGAAUGGACGAAACUUUGUUGCCACAAAGGAUACGUCGAGGGAUUUUAGCAAUUCCCAAGAUAAUACCGACCGUGGCAGCAUGAGCGAUCAGGCGUUCGCCUGUUCGGCCAGCUCGGUGGAAAGUUUGCCCAGCGCUUCCGGUUCGAGCACCCAGGCCCUGGUUCGUCCCGGGAGUCCGCACAGCUCCAUUUCGGCCGAGGAUCGCACCUCGAUGGCCAGCUGCAUCUGCAAGGCCAAGGCUCUCGUGGAUAGUUUGCCCAAUCCCUACGACAAGGAGGCGCUUAAAUUCAAGAAGGGCGAGCUCAUUGAUGUGCUGUCGAUGAACGCCUCGGGCAUUUGGAAGGGACGAUGCCACGGCCGCGUGGGCCACUUCAAGUUCAUCAACGUGGAGGUGCUGCCGGAGCAGCGGAUGAAGAACUCGAGCAGCAAGACCCUGGCCCCCGGCUCCCGGCUGGCCAAUCCCGGCAAUGGCAGCCACAACGGGGGACCCUGCUCCGUGGAGGACCUGCUGAUUCGCAUCGGACUCAAGGAGUACACCUCGGUGUUCGUGCUCAACGGCUACGAGGACCUGGAGCUCUUCAAGGAACUGGAACCCGCCGACCUGGACUACCUGGGCAUCCUCAACCAGGAGCAUCGUGCCAAACUUCUGACGGCUGUGCAGCUGCUGCAUGACAUUGAAUCUACAAAUUUCGCCCGCACAGGCUCCGAUGUGGAUAUAGCCGGUUCCAGCUCCGAAAACGACGAGGCCCGCCUGAACAACAUCAACAUCAAGCACGGCGCCUCGCCCUUUGGCCGGCGGCACUUUCCCCGCGACUCCGGCUGCUACGAGGGAUCCCCGCUGCCCAGCUCACAGACGCCCACGCAGGCGGUGAACUCGACGGACGAGUCGAACAGCCUGGACGACGUGGUGACCAAGUGCUCCAGCGAGAUCAUGAAGCGCGUGGAGAGCGCCCGCCGCUGCAAGGACAAUCCGUUCAAGGUCACGCUGCCGGGAGGCGGGCGACUCGGCAAGAAGUCCUUUCUCGGCGGCAACGGCCUUAUGGCGGACGAUACGCUCACGCGUGGAGGGCUUAGCGAGAAGUCGAGCGAUUCGGGGGUCAGCAGCAGUUCGCUAUCGUCGGGUCCGCUGAAGAGCAGCACUUAA